UUGACCUUUUGCGGGCCGAGUGCGAUUUGGAGCCGACCGACGAUGUAUCCGCUGCGAGACGACGCCUUUGUGUGCCCGCCACCCAUGCCGUCGCAAGUCGCCCACUACACGCAGCUCGGCGAGACAACGUUUGAUCAGUUCCUCGAGUCAACGCUGACCAAGCCGAGCGCCACGUCGUGGGACCACGUGGCCACGUACGACUCUGUCGCGCUCUACAAGGGCACCGUGCCCAUCAACGCUGACUCGCUUGUUGUGCCCUACCGCGCCGUGACGACAGCCCGCGCCACGAUCGAAGAGAUUGCGCACAUCCACUCGUUCGAGACGCGGGCGCAGUGCGCGCACUUUACAAAGCACUACGCCGAGGACAUUCUCGACAUGUUCACAUUGUACAGUUUUUUGCCGCGGACCAAGCAAGACCCGUUCAAGCAAGUCUACUUGAAGUGGACGGCGUGCGCGAGCCCAAUGGCGGCCGUGAGCAACCGCGACUUUACCUACCUCGAGUGCCAAGAUGCGUUCGAGACACCGGCAGGGCGACGAGGCUGGGCGUUCUGCCAAGUGUCGGUCGACUUGCCGUUUCUCCCGUCGCUCGAGACGUCGGCGUUGGCUCUCGUGCGCGGCCAACUGCUCCGCACCGGCUGCGUCUUUGUCGAGACGGCCACCCCCGGCGUCGUCGACGUCAUUUACCACAUUUGCGCCGACCUCAAGGGCCACAUUCCGCAAUGGACGUACAAGCUCGGCAUGAAGACACGCGCUUUGAGCGUGCUUCACAUUGAGAAGAACGUGACGCGGCUCCGAUUGAGUGCGCAGCAGAUGCGGGCAAAGGCCGCCGCAACGAAGCUGCCGCGGCCAGGCGUCCAUUGCUCGGUGUGCACAAAGCCGUUUCGAUUCCACCGUGUGCAUCACUGCCGGUCCUGCGCCAAAGCCGUGUGCUCCAAGUGCAGCCAAAAGUACAAGCUGCCGUCGAUGGACGACCUGGUCCGCGUCUGUGUCCGCUGCUCUGAGGCCGUGCGGUACGGCCCGGCGUCCGACCUCGUGGUGAGUGGGUACGGUACGCCUCGCUCGGAUGCAUCGUCCGAGCCGUGGUGGACGACCGAGCUCAUGACACCACCGCCAAUGACCCCCGUGGCGACGCCCAAAGCGAGCCCCAAGGUGGACCUUUCGUAUUUAUCCACGUUUGGGCCAAAGUAGUUAAGGCGUAGAAAGAAGUAUUAGAUAGUCGAUUAGAUAGAACGUGCAGGCGCAACA